AUGGGUUCCUACGAACCACUCCCUGCCUCUCCUCCCAUCUCGCCGCCAAAUGGCUACCAGGGCGCGGCAGGCUUCUCAACCCCCUUGUUUCCAGCAAAGCCAAACAUCCUCUUCAUCAUGGCGGACCAGCUGGCGGCCCCUCUGCUGAAGAUGCACAACCCAAAGUCACAGAUCAAGACUCCCAACCUUGACAAGCUGGCCGAGCGAUCGGUGGUGUUCGACUCUGCCUAUUGCAACAGCCCCCUGUGCGCACCCUCGCGCAUGUGCCUUAUCAGUGGUCAACUUCCUUCCAAGAUUGGCUCCUACGACAACGCCUGCUCUAUCCCUUCCGAGACCCCCACCUAUGCCCAUUACCUGCGGGCUGAAGGCUACGAGACAACCUUGGCAGGCAAGAUGCACUUCAUCGGGGAUCAGUUGCACGGCUAUGAAAACAGGUUGACUGCCGACAUAUAUCCUGGUGACUUUGGUUGGGCUGUUAAUUGGGAUGAUCCCGAUCGCCGCUUGGAGUGGUACCACAACAGUAGCUCAAUCUUGCAGGCUGGCCCCUGCGUCAGGACCAACCAGCUUGACUAUGAUGAGGAGGUUCUGUACAAGUCUAAGCAGUAUCUGUACGACUAUGCCCGAGAAGCUGCCGGCAAGCGGCCUUUCGCCUUGACCGUCUCCUUCACCCAUCCGCAUGACCCGUACGCAAUUGAGGACAAGUACUGGGAUCUGUAUGAGGACGUCGACAUUGACCUGCCCAGUGUGUCCCUCAAAGAGGAAGAACAAGAUCCACAUAGCCGACGUCUCAUGCACGUGUGCGAGCUUGAAGGGCAUGACUUCACCGAUGAGCAGAUCAAGCGUGCUCGACGCGCAUACUAUGGAGCGGUGAGCUAUGUUGACGACUGCAUUGGUCAAUUACUCGAUGUGUUGAAGAAGUGUGGUUUGGAUGACAACACAGUGGUCAUGUUUUCGGGCGACCAUGGUGACAUGCUCGGUGAACGGGGUCUCUGGUAUAAAAUGUCAUACUUCGAGAACUCUGUGCGGGUUCCCAUGCUGAUUUCUCACCCUCAACAAUUCAAGCCACACCGUGUUUCUCAAAACGUAUCGACUUUGGAUCUGAUGCCUACUUUGGUAGAUCUCAUCGGGUCAAAGUUGGUUCCAGGCCUGCCAGUGGACGGUUUAUCCCUGCUACCUCACCUUUAUGGUAGCGAUGGAGGUCAUGACACCGUCUUUGCUGAAUACAUGGGAGAAGGCACAGUGGCGCCAUUGAUGAUGAUCCGGAGAGGUGACUGGAAAUACGUCACGUGUCCGGUUGAUCCACCCCAAUUGUUCAACUUGCGAGACGAUCCUCUAGAACUGAAGAAUCUCGCCACGAGUGAAGAUCCUCAGACGCAGGCUGUCUUCAAGGCAUUCGAAAGAGAAGCGAAUGCUAAGUGGGACUUCCAGAAGAUUACCGAUGAUGUCCUCACCUGCCAGCGUCAGCGUCGAUUGGUCUGGUCUGCAUUGACCAAAGGUCGAUUCGAAAGCUGGGACUGGAAGGGGCAUGAAGAUGGCCGUACCAAGUACAUCCGCUCUCAAAUUCCCCUCGACGAGCUUGAACGACGUGCAAGGUACCCCAUCGCCAGUAAUAUACCAGCCCAAGUCUCUGUCAACAAGAAGCACGAGGUAGUGGUACAGCAAUCCAAGCAUCUCGUGGAAAUUGCUAGCGACGCAGUCCAUUACCGUUAG